AUGCGCCUGAUGAAUAACCAAGGCAUCAGUUGCCACAGUUCGCUGAAUGAAGAAGAUAGUGGCAGCUCCGAAAACCAGAACAACAGUAACACUGCAAUGUGGAGUGCCCCAGAUUGGCUAAUCGGAGGUAGUAGCACGUCCAGCAGUAGUUCCGAGUCACAGGUCGGUUCAGAAAAUGGGCUUCUUUUCGACAACACACCGGAUUGUUCGAUCGAAGGCAAUAGCAGCGAAAGUACAGUGUGUGUAAACGACGAACUUUGUGGUACUGGAAGUAAC